AUGUCCUCUCAGCCGGAUGCUCAAGGGCCCCCUCCCCACAAGCCGGGCGAGCUCGCAUUCUAUGAGCUGUUCUGGCGUGAUCACCAGCAAUGGCUGCAAUCUCGCGGUUACAUGCUGAGGUCGCGCUAUAUGCCUGGCUGGGUCCCAUCGUGGAAAGGAACAAAGAGGCACUGGUCUGAGUGCGAGGACGGGCAAUCGUUUCCGCACAGGCUGAUCGUAGAUGCUAUCCGGGUAUCCGAUGGUGCCCUCGUCGCUCUAAAACGCGUCCCUAGAGCCAACUCACCAAAUGAGGGCGCCAUUGGUCUCCUUUUUUCCUCCGAUCCGCUCAAAUCUGAUCCGCAAAACCACUGCGUGCCCAUCUACGAAGUACUGGAGGUACCAGAUGACGCAGACUCGGAAGUUAUCGUAAUGCCGUUCCUGCGGCUCUGGUACAAUCCACCUUUUGACACGUUUGGGGAAGUGGUUUCAUUUCUGCAGCAGACCAUUGAGGGUUUGCACUUCAUGCAUAAGCAUCUGGUGGCCCAUAGGGACUGUACACUGCGCAAUAUAAUGAUGGAUCCAUCUGCGCUGUACCCAGAGUCCUUCCACCCUGUCAGCACUAGUCAGAAGCGAAAUCUUAAAGGCCAUGCGAAGCACUAUACUCGGACUCAGCGUCCCGUCAAAUACUAUCUCAUUGACUUCGGCUUAUCCAGACGAUAUAAGCCAGAGGACAUGCCACCAAUGGAAGAAGUUGUCAUUGGCGGCGAUCGAACUGUGCCGGAAUUUCAGGACGUCUAUACUCGAGCGGUUUCUUCCAAGCGCUGCGAUCCCUUCCCCACGGAUAUUUACACUCUCGGAAAUGUCAUGAAGUCGUGGCUCAUAGAAAAAAACGCAGGCUUCGAAUUUCUACAGCCUCUAGUCUCAGAUAUGGUCCAGGAAGAGCCAGCGAAGCGUCCGAAGAUGGAGGAGGUCCUGACUCGGUUUGAAGACAUUCGAAAGUCUCUGAGCACUCGGAAACUUCGGUCCCGAGUGGUUCCUCGCGACGAAAACCUUGUCGAGGGCCUGUUUCGCGCCAUUGGUCACUGGAGCAGGCGGGUCAUAUACAUCAUACGACGGACGCCUGCAGUCCCUAUGCCCCCGUAGCGCGUUCCUGGCCAUGGCUUCGAGCAUUACUACCUGGAUUUGUGGAAGUUCCUUCAUUUCAUCUUAGCUCGAUCUACAAGUGCUGUCCGGUUGCUAUGUUGCUGCUAUCUUACGCUCGUUUCUAUUGUCGUUGUCCGCGUUCAAAUGCAAAUCAUCGUUCUUACAGGC